GGUUUAAAAAUUAGUCGCUAAAAAUUACAGAAAAUCUAUUUUAAUUUUUGCAAGCCUAAAUAUUUUUUUCAACUUUUUUUAAAAAAAAAAUGUAUCAAAAUAACAUGUCAUUUUCUCCAUGGUCUCAUCUGCUUUAAUAAAAAAGUCACUUAUACAUUUCUAUUUAUUGUGGGUUCAGUCAAUCAUCGUAAGUCAGAAAUGGCAAAGGACUACAAAUUGGGACAAAAAGUACAAAUAGGAAUUAUGAAUGUGGACGGAGCGGCUUACAAACCAGGACAGCUUUGGGGAUAAAAAAUCGGGACAGGGAUUAUAAAACAGGUUAUUGGGGUAGGGAUUACAAAACGGAUUACAAAUCGGAGUAUGAACUACAAAACGGGGUAAGGAUUACUCUGUUAAUUAUCGUAUUUAAAUAUUAUUAUGUGAACAAAACAAAGCAUUCAAUUUGCCAUCAUUUUUAUUGAAUCUCGAUGGGAUUGCCUAUUAUAUACAAAAAUUAAUUUAUAUAUUUCUAGUUUUUUAUUUUACUAAAUACUGAGAGUCUAUUGCACACAGAAUUUUUUAAAAGAUAGAGAAAAAAUGAUUGAUUGAUUUAAUUGAUAUGAUAUUGUCCUGAGCAAAAUUGUCACCGAUUUAUAAUGGCUACUUCUUUUGAAAACCCUACGUAUAAUGGCGAUGACGAGCACAAUGACGAUUCUAAUCAAGGUGGUGAUGAUGAUGCAUUUUUUAGUUGCAGUCAAAAUCUGUCCGACUCAGGUGGUGACAGCGAUAUCAUGGACUUACUGGAACAAGUCGAUCGACUAAAUCGAUUCGAGGAAAUGCAAAAUUUAGAUAUACUCAAUUUAAGAUCACAAAAAUGUAUUGGAAGCCACGUGGAUGCCAAAUGGAGAAAGGGGCCAUCUCCUAUAGGUGAUCUCGACGAAAUAAGUGAUGUCAAAAUCGCCAGUUUGGAAGGUUCGCUUGGCCUUAAAAUCGAAAAAUCUGAAGAUGCAAAGGUUCGAAGGAUGGAAGUUGAAAUGGCAGACGAUAGUGAAAGAGAUAUGACAGCUAACAAUGCUCUAAUCAGCUAUUUUGCAUUUCUUGGCACAUGUCCUGACACUUACUCUGUUGACUAUCAGUUCAUCAGCAACUUAUUAAAAUAUGCAGAUAUCAAUACAAGAGAUCAGCAUGGCCAAUCAUUAUUGCACGAAGUUGCUAGAGAGUGGAGCAUUGAUUUUGCUGAUUUUUUAAGAAUUAAAGAAAUAGAUAUCGAUGGUGCCGAUCACUGGGGUAGAACGCCAUUGAUUGUUGCUUCAGCAUGUAAUCACGUGGAAAUGGUCGAAUGGUUAUUACAGCAUGGUGCAAAUAUUAGUCAUCGUACCAUCAAGGGAGAAGAACAAAGCGCCAUACAUUUUGCAGCAAAAUAUGACGCGGUGGAUGCAUUUGGAAUGCUUAUAAAGUUUGGUGCCAACCCUUUGGAGAGAGAUGCAAAAGAAAGAACCCCAUUUUUUGUGGCAGCUGAAGCAGGACAGCGAAACAUGUGCAGUUACAUGUUGGACUUGGGUUUACCUGCAGCGGCUUACGACGAAAAUGCAGUUUCUGUUAUUGACAACAUCAUCAUAAAGAUGCCAACUAGCAUAGCGUAUAGCGCACUCGAUCAAUUUGUCACCACAGAUAAACUACGUCGACAAAGGAAGUAUUACUUAAGUUGUUUGGGAAAACGUCGUUUCACUUUGUUGGAAAGAACAAAAGAACGUUUUAAACCUGCUUCAGAUAGUCCUACUGCUUUAGAGAUCAUAGUGCAAAGAAGAGAUCUUAACUUGAUUACUCAUCCCGUGAUAUUAAAAGUAAUUGAAUUAAAAUCAAAAACAUUUGCGAAAAAAUUUAUCAGAAUCAAUGUUGGUAUUGCGUUUUUGUAUACACUGUUAUGGACUGCAACAAUACUGAUACCAUCAAAACGAGAAGGAGAUUGGAGUUCGUCAAAUGUAAUGCAGGUGUUGACAUCAACAUUUGCUCAAUUUAUCGCAGUAUAUCAGUUUUACCUGAUUUAUCAAAGGUUUUCUUCAGUAAAUGCCAAGAUUAAUAAAGAAAGGAAAAGAGUAUUGCACCAGUGUAAAGAUGAAAAAAAAUUUUGUCACCCACGCUGGGUAGUUGAAAAGAGUUUAUUGAAAAAAAAGAAAAACAUAGCAGAAAAUUUAUCACAGAGAUUUUUCUCAGAUGGAUGGAAUGUAAUAGAUUUAAUAUCAUUGCUAGUUGGGACAGGAGCCUGGAUAAUUACUUUAAUAAAUACCAUUUUUCCAAAUAUUUAUAAAAUAAAUUCUGUGUGGACGGGUUAUUGUACGUUUUUCAUCUUGUUGGCUUGGCUGAGGUUAAAUCGCUAUGUUAGAUAUGAACAAUCUCUAGGGAGGUUUAUUGCAAUGUUGGAAGAAUCUGCUAUUGCUUCAGUGACAUUUGCAUUUCUAUUUUUUGAGUUCUUUAUACCGUUUGUGGUUGCGUUUUGGGUGCUGUUUGGUGGCGUAAAGCAAGGUAGCGAAGGAGGAGAAUAUGAAAAAUUUAACGAUUUAGUUUAUCAACUGUAUCUACUGGCAAUAGUGGGUGAUUAUGACUAUGAUACGUUACAAGCAGAUCGUAAGGUUGUGUCCCAAAUCUUAGUGGGUGGUUAUUUCAUACUUGUCAGCACAAUAACAGUGAAUCUGUUGGUUGCAUUGUUUACUGAAGCCUUUAUAAGAAUAAAUGAAACAGCAGUGGCUAAUUCUCGUUUAAGAGAAGCUGAAGAGAUCCUAGACAUUGAAAGACGAUUUCCAGAGAAGCUUAGAGAAUUUGAAAUAUACACAAAUAGACAUUGUGCCCCAAUGGUAACUGAAAUGUUGGGAGAAGAGGAGACAGAUAAGAAAAAAAGUUACAGUGCAAGACAAGCUUUAAGUAGCGUUUAUUUCAAGUUGCGUCGAUUCAAUCCUGAACUGAACAACAUUAUUAAAGCGCAGGAGGCUCUUCGUCACAGUGUCGAAAUAGGCGGAACCGCGUUGGGAGACUUCAAUGUAAAGUACAUGUCAACAAGGCGUAACGAAAUUUUGGAUAGACUGAAUGAAGUUGUGAAGUUUCAAAGUCACGUUUUUAAUAAAGCACAAAGAAUAACUAGAAACAAAAUUUCAAGGCUGGUGGAUAGAACAGUGUUUGCAUUGACCGAUACAACUGACGGGUCUAUGCCUACGGAAUAAUACAUCCACCUUGCUUUUUUCUCCAUAGAAAUACUGCUCAUGAUUAAAAAAUGCUUUGUGGGUUGUAUAACGGGAUAUUAACCUACUUGAAGAAUAACUAUGUUAUAUAAUAUAUCUAUUCAUAGACCGAUUUAAACGUCAUGGUUCUUCGACAUGUAUUUCGUGUAUAUCUAUAUACGUCAAUGCAUUUUUUAGCUCUUAACUCUGUAUACAUAUUUUAAAUCCAGUUGUUAAUUGUUUACAAGAAAUUGCAUUCGAUCUAAAUAUUUUAUAUCAUGU